AUGGUCGACAAUCAGGGCCCCCUCGCCAAGGAUGUCAGUCUGGCCAAUCCCCCUUCUGACAGUAUCUCAGAACUGAGCUGGUCGCCUGUCGCAAACCACCUGGCGAUGUCCUCAUGGGACCAGACGGUGCGCAUCUACGACGUGUCGCAGUCGGGGAAUGGAGAAGGGCAAGCACUGUUUAACUUUCCUGCGCCUGUUCUGAGCUGCACCUUCUCGCCUGAUGGUGCCAAGGUGUUGGGGGGAGCCACUGACGGGUCCGCACGCCUGAUGGACCUGGUGGCAGGAAAAGAAGCCCAGCAGGUCGCAGCCCAUGAUGCUCCCGUUCGCUGUGUCCGCUUCUUUGGGAAUCCAGGCGUACGCGACCCCAUCGCGGUGACUGGGUCCUGGGAUCAAACGGUCAAGUAUUGGGAUCUACGCCAGGAUCGACCCCUGGCGACCCUCCAGUGCCAGGAGCGAGUCUAUGCGAUGGAUCUCUGUCAGAACCUUCUCGUCGUGGCCACGGCCGGACGCCUCGUGCAUGUCGUACAGCUGAGCAACGCGGACCAGAUCUACAAGACGGUGACUAGUCCCCUCAAGCAUCAGACUCGCACCGUCACUUGUAUCCCAGAUGCGUCCGGGUUUGCGAUUGGGAGCACCGAGGGGCGCACCGGGUUUCACUACGUGGACGAGAGCAAGUCCAGUCUCAACUUCACCUUCCGCUGCCAUCGCGAGAUGGCUGCUAGUAAAAAUACGCAGAAUGUGUACGCGGUAAAUGACGUCUCAUUCCAUCCCAAGUACUACACGUUCAGCACCGCCGGUGCGGACGGCACCUUUGCCUUCUGGGACAAAGACGCGCACCACCGCCUGAAGUCAUUCCCCAGUGUCGGGGCCCCCAUCACCUCGACGGGCUUCAACCACGACGGCACUAUCUUCGCCUACGCCGUGAGCUACGAUUGGAGCAAGGGCUUCCGCUAUAACACCCCGGAACAUCCUACGCGCGUGGUAUGCCACCCAGUUGACGACGUUGAUUGCCGGCCCAAGAACCCCGUGAAACGUUAA